AUGCUGCUCCCUUCCGCUCUCUCCUGCGAUGUGCGCCGGUCGUCUCGCCUGACUCCUCUGUCUUCGACCUCUCCUCCCGCGCCGUCUUCUUUCUCCGAUCGAGAAUAUCCUGCCGGUAAUGGUCUGUUUUGUACUUGUCGCGCGCUUCAGGCGCUGUUGAGCGGCUCUCCCGCGCCAUCUCCUCGUCGCACACCCAAGCCUCAGCCCCCACAACUUCAGAGUCCCUUUGCCGUCACACCACCACGUCGCUCACCACGGGGGCGCAAGGUCGCGCGACCUGCUUCCCCACGACCCACACCUCCUCCAGCGAUCAUUGCGUCCACGCCACCUCCUCCCCCAUCGGCACCUGCGCGCGGCACGCGCAGUGCCAACAAACGGCGUCGUGCCGAAUGGGACGAUAAUGAGGACAGUGAUGAUGGUUUCGGUCGUCCCCUGUCCACACCCAAGCGCCGACGUCACAUUCCAUAUGAGCUCCCGAUCGGGCUCUCCUCCGCCGACUUUUACUCUCUAUAUUCACCCCCUGUCACGCAAUCACCACCAUCUCCCCCAAGGCGGGAGAUUCUGCCUCAGAUCCAGGCCUCCAUUACACAUACACACAUCCAUCCCGAUGCAGUCCUGCCCUCGAUUGAAGCGGCUGAUGAGCAUUCCAGGGUUUCAUCCGAAACAUGGGCUGCCGAGGAUAAUCAGCGCCUGGUCGAGACGAUUUUGGCGCAGUUCCGUCCUACCCAACAACAAUGGGACGAGUGCGCCCGCCAGAUGGGUCGCCCGAGUGGUGCGGAUAUUGCGCAUCAAUGGGAUGCUCUCCUGCAACUCGGCCGCAUUGGCCUUCGUCAUGCUUAA